CUCAAGUGAGUCACGCGAACCUUCUCAGAUGGUACAAACUCCUCCCAUUUCUUGCUCCCCCCAUGUUCCAUAUCCUCCGUCUUGCGGUCUUGUGUCGGCGAUUUUCUAAGACCAGUGCUUUCGUUUUUGGUUGUCCAUACGCCCCCUAACGAUGUCGUUCGAGAUCAUUCAGAUUCCUCGUGACGACGAGGGUAUUCGACUAUAUUUGGAGCGACACAAGGCCUUUCGACUUCUCGCGUUGAAGACUGAUCCGGACGCUUUUGGAUCGACCUUUGCGCGCGAGAUAGCGUUCACCGACGAUGUCUGGUUCAACCGUUUGAAAAAUCCACAGAUCACGACCUUCUUAGCCCUCCGGUCAGAUCAGGUCGUCUGUUCUAUCUCUCUUGGCGGGCCACUUCCAUGUACUCCUGAGGAAUCAUCUCCCUCCAAGGAUCCUUGGACGAUUCUUAGUGGUGAUCCGAGUGCAGGUGAACAAUCACACUGGCGUGGGCUUGGUAUGUUCACCUUACCUUCAGCUCGCGGUCAAGGUAUCGCCACAGCAAUCAUCGCGAGGACCGUUCAAUUCGGAAUUGAUGAAGCAGCAAAGUCUGGGAAGACCGCAGUUUUCAGUAUUGCAGUGGAACAUGACAAUCCCGCCGCCGUAGGCUUGUACGAGAAGUGUGGGUUUAAGACCAUUAUCAAAGAGCCAUGGUUUCGUGACAGGCCUAGAAUUGCAUUACUCCUCAAGUACUCGCCCACGUCCGAGAGGAGUGAGGCUUCAGUGGAGUAGAUUUCAUAGAGUUGUUUUGGUUGUACCAGGAUGCUAAAGUAAUUGUUUUUGUGGCGUCUCGGGAUGCUCAAGUAGAGUCGACUUUGCUUUUUGAGAUAUGCUUGUGUUUCCGCUAAAGAGGAUCGAAGUUAGACUAGAAGUAGAGCAGUUCUUUAGAAGUGACGAGAAUCAUUUAUGUCUUACCAACAACGAAAUAUCUAACGUUUUG